GUUCGAUUUCAUCUAAAUUCAAAAGAAUUUUGCAACAUUGAAGUGAAGCAAAACAAAAAAAAACGACAUUGACAAAAAUUUUUCCAUUCAAUUCACACGGGUUGAUGAUGACUGAAUUUCUAUUCAUAACGGCAAAUGUUGGAUCCAUAUUUCAAGAUUCAAAACUUUUACUUGAAUCUUGGAUUGCCGAAUUUGUUAAGACUGUGGAUAGAUUAAAACCUAAAUUUAUUGCAUUACAUUGUCAGGAAUUUGGUGGAAAAGAUUUUCGAAAAACAUCUACAAAUGUUGAUGAUUUUGUGCGAACAUUAAUAUCUAGCAAUGAAAUGAUUGAUUUCGAAAUAAUUCGAAUAUUUCUUGAUGAAAAUUAUUCAUUUGAUGAUAAAUACACUGCAUUAGGUAGUUUUUAUUUUAUACAUAAAACACAACAUGCAUUCAUCUGGAAUUUUGAUGUUAAUGAAUUUGUUUCGGCAACGGGACGAGAAAUACAUUCUGGUUGUAUCGAAAAUGUGCCUGUAAAAUUUAAAAGAAAAUUUCCUGAGUGUAAAUGGUCUCGAAAAGGUUUUAUGAAAACUCGUUGGAUGAUCAAUGAAUUCAUCUUUGAUACGAUUAAUGUUCAUUUAUUUCAUGAUGAAUCCAAUUUUGUUUCGAUCUCAGACUUCCCAUCGAUAUAUGCCAAAAAUCGACGUAAAGCAUUUGAAUAUUUAUUGGAUUCGAUCGGGCCAAAAGAUUUCAACGAUCUACCCAUUUUUAUAUUUGGUGAUUUUAAUUUUCGAUUAGAUACGAAGGCCGUUGUACAGCGUUUGACAAUCAAUUCACGAUUAUCACAAAAGAAAACAAAAAAUGGUGAUUUAUCACGUCUUCUGUAUCGUAAUGAUGUUAAUGAUGAUCGUCUGUUAUCGAUUGAAAAGAAACAAUUCAUCUAUUCGGAUCAGAAUUUUUUCACCGAUCCAAAUAAUCUUGAUUGGCUUAUGAAACAGGAUAAAGAAUUGAAUCAUUUUCAAGAAAAACUAUGGGAAUUUGAUCGACAUUUUUUACCCAGCUAUCCAUUCGAAGAAGAUAUCGAUAAGAUAGCAUCAUCCUCAUCAACAAUGUUAGCCAAUAGUUAUAUGAAAACACGUUGUCCUGCAUGGUGUGAUAGGGUAAUCAUGAACAAUACUGCCAAACAAUUAUUGACCAAAAAUGAAAAUCAACGAACAAAAAUUCAAUAUGAUAUGAUGGGUAAAAAUUCGCCUAUGGGUGAUCAUAAGCCAAUCUAUCUGUAUUUUGAAUGUUGUACGAAACCGACAACAGAUAAAAAUUCAACAAUCUGUUCCGUUUAUGAUGAUCAUAUUCAUCGUAAUAGAGAGAAAAGAGAAACUAACACUUCCUAUUUGGUGCCUAAAGCAAUCAAUCUUGAUAUCAAUAAUAAUGAUGAUGAUUCAUCUAAAAUGAUGUAUAAAACAACUUGUAAUUCAAGUUUGAUUGCGAAGAGAUCGGUAUCUGCAACAGAUGCAACAAGAAAAACAACAUCCACAACAACAACAACGACAACGAUCAAAAAAUUUUUCUAUUACCACUAUGUUGUUGAUGCUAAAAAACAACAACGAAAAGAUUAUUCAGCAACGGUCAAAUCAACUUUGAACUCAAAUGUUCGAGUUAUCGUAAUGAAAGAAACAGUAAUUUAAACGUUUAAACAAAACGGGGUUGUCCUGAUUUAAACAUUGUUACAAAUAUUGAAUGAAAUCGAAAUUUUUGUUUCUAUGAAAAAAAACCUGAUCCUUUCGUAUGAAAAAACUUGGAAAUCAAAAGACGUAAAAAAAUUAAUGA